UCUCAGUCUAUUGGUCACGUUGCAUGUCAUUAUCAUAGUCGGUUUUUGGGGUGGAAACCAUAUUAACGCGGUUACAACUGUAACUCUGUUGAAUUAUAUGUUUGGCGGCAACAUUGGAAAGGAAACAAUUUAUACAUUCGUCUCAACAUCCCAACAUCAGAAACUUCAGAAUGAGCGUGGGGUUCAUCGGAGCGGGUCAGUUGACCCAUGCCUUGGUGAAGGGAUUCAGCGCUGCAGGUGUCAUUGCCACCCAGAGGAUUACAGCCAGCUCCCCAGACACAGAUCUUCCCACAGUGUCUGGACUGCGGAAAAUGGGUGUCAAUCUCACAACCAGCAACAAGGAGGUGGUGAACAAGAGUGACGUUCUGUUUCUGGCUGUCAAACCACACAUCAUCCCCUUCGUGUUGGAUGAGAUCGGACCGGACAUUGAGGACCGCCACCUCAUUGUGUCCUGUGCAGCUGGUGUCACCAUCAGCUCCAUUGAGAAGAAGCUGCUCCAGUACCGCCCGUUCCCCAAGGUGAUGCGAUGCAUGACCAACACCCCGGUGGUGGUUCGGGAGGGAGCCACGGUCUACGCCACGGGUACCCACGCCGAGCUAGAGGACGGGAGGCUGCUGGAGCAGCUGAUGGCCAGUGUGGGCUACUGCACGGAGGUGGAGGAGGACCUGAUCGAUGCCGUCACCGGACUCAGUGGCAGUGGACCCGCCUAUGCAUUUACAGCUGUGGAAGCGCUUGCUGACGGGGGAGUGAAAAUGGGUCUGCCCAGGAGACUGGCUAUACGGCUAGGAGCACAGGCCCUGCUGGGAGCAGCCAAAAUGCUGUUGGACUCGGAGCAGCACCCUGGCCAGCUAAAGGACAACGUUUGCUCCCCAGGGGGUGCCACCAUUCACGCCCUGCACGUAAUGGAGAGUGGGGGCUUCCGCGCCCUGCUCAUCAACGCUGUAGAGGCCUCCUGCAUCAGGACCAGGGAGCUCCAGUUCUUGGCUGACCAGGAGAAGAUCUCUCCUGCGGCCAUCAAGAAGACUACGCUGGACAAGGUUCUGCAGCAGCCAGGGGUUGGAACAGGGGUGAGUGUCCGGACGGGAUCUGGGAUCAGCCUGUUCAGCAGCAGCAACCCCAGGCAUAAGAAGUAAUUGAACUGAGUGGCUCUGAUCACAGAACAGUGGUGUAUUCAUUAGUGCAUUGCAGACCAUAUCAAAACAUUUUGCAACAAAAACAAGUUUCUUAGCGGACAAGUUCAGGUAGUUCCUCCCUGUUUCGGUCUGUUUGCUUCCUAGUGAUACACCCCAGGUAGAGACCCUCAAAAGAAUGAAACACUGCUGAACAUAUUAUUUCAACCCUAAAAAAUGUGUUAUGGUUAUAGCCUGAGGAUAAACUUAGAGCAGCAAUAGAGUAUGUAGGGUGAAGGGACACUUCUCCUGGUCUCCUUCCAUAUUCACUGACUAGAAACAUCUGGACAGGUAAAAGCAAGUUCCUAAUAGGCAUUAUGGCUUUCACCUGUCUAGUGUUGUCAUAUCAGUGCAGAUGAAGGAGAAAAGAGGUAGGAGGUGACCGGGGGAAGACGACGACACUAGACAGUUAAGAUGGACCAACAUGGUGAUGAGCAACAGGUCACAAUUCCUUUACAUUUUAGCCAUUUAGCAGACGCUCUUAUCCAGAGCGACUUACAGGAGCAAUUAUGGUCAAGUGCCUUGCUCAAGGGCACGUGAACAGAUUUCUCACCUAGUCGGCUCGGGACUCAAACCAGGUAUCUAUCGGUUACUGUCCGAACGUACUUAACCUCUAGGUUACCUGCCGCCCACUCCCUUUCAGUAGAAACACAGAGGCCGAUGUGGAGUUGGAUGUUUUAUGUGCUUAGCUAUCUAUAGCUUCUGUUUCAUAGAAUGUUCCGUUAGACAGAUUGUUAGGUCAUACAUUAUGUACAGUCUUACUGGAACUAUUUUGGUCUGUCUUGCUAAACAGCAAAGGCCCCUGUUUUCUAUUGUUGUUUAUCUCUUCAUUUUCUGGCUAUUUUCUUUGCUUGAUUGAGAGAUUAUAUUACAGCUUUAGCAUGUUAAUAAUUUUAGCCUGACUGAGGGAGGGAAAACGUUGUUUUUCAGUUUGUAGAAGGAGCAACACAAGUCUAUUUUAAAGAAGAUAUACAUCAACAAGACAAACCUGGAUAAAGAAAGGUUUAAAAGAAAGGUUUUUCUUUAUCCAGGUUUGUCUUGUUGAUGUAUAUCUUCUUUAAAAUAGAUUUGUUCAAGAUGGUAACUCGAAACAUCUGUGGCAUUGUGUUGUGUGACAAAACUGCACAUUUUAGAGUGGCCUUUAUUGUCCCCAGCACAAGGUGCACCUGUAUAAUGAUCAUGCUGUUUAAUCAGCUUCUUGAUAUGUCACACCUGUCAGGUGGAGGGAUUAUCUUGGCAAAGGAGAAAUGCUCACUAACAGGGAUGUAAACAAAUGUUUGCAAAACAUUUGAGAGAAAUAAGCUUUUUUUUGUGCAUAUGGAACAUUUCUGGGAUUUUUUUUCUUCAGUUCAUGAAACACUUUACAUGUUGCUUUUACAUUUUUGUUCAGUGUAGAUAAAUCUCCUUUGCAAGAUAGACUUGUUACGUACGAACUUGCUACACACAAACAAAUCUCCUUUGUGUUAGAGACUUGUUCAAGAUGGUAGCAAUCAUUGUUACACAUACACAGUAGGUAGACUACAGUAUUUUACAUAAGACAUUUUACGUUUACAUAUUUGACUGGCAUAUCACUGUGUUACAAGGUGGAAAUGGUACUAUUAGGCCUAUACAAAGUGAAAUACAUGUAUAUGCUGAACGUGUAAGAGUUUGUAUAUUUUGUGAACAAAAUGUGUAAAGUCUAGAUCUGUUUUAUUAAAUGUUAUUUCCAGAACAUUCAUAAUUAAAUAUUUCAACUUUU